ACUGCCAAUACAAAAACUAAAAUGACAACUCUCCCAACCUCCCUCAUUCUUCUCUUUUCCUUUUUUGGACUUCUCGACUCGGCCUUUGCCAUUGCAUUCUCGUAUAACGUUGUUGGUUUUGGAGCCAAACCCGAUGGCAAGACCGACUCGACGGAAGCGUUUCAAACUGCAUGGGUAAAUGCAUGCAACUCCGUCAAACCAGCCUCCAUUUAUGUGCCAAAGGGAAGAUAUUACCUUCGCAGUGGAACCUUCAACGGGCCUUGUAAGAACAACGCCAUCUUUAUACGCAUUGAUGGUACUCUUCUGGCUCCCUCAGACUUYCGAAUCAUUGGCAACUCUGCAGCUUGGAUUGCGUUUAGGCAUGUUGAUGGAGUARCUAUCUCUGGGGGCAUUCUCGAUGGUAAAGGAGCUGGUUUAUGGGCUUGCAAAACCUCUGCCAAGACUUGUCCAACUGGGGCCUCGACACUUGAAUUCUCCGACUCGAAAAAUGUAGUGAUCAGUGCAUUGACGUCACUUAAUAGCCAAAUGUUCCACAUAGUGGUAAAUGGCUGCCAAAAUAUCAAAAUGAAAGGGCUUAAGGUCUUGGCCCCUGGCAACAGCCCCAACACUGAUGGCAUUCAUGUCCAACUAUCGUCUGAUGUGACCAUAUUAAACUCCAAGAUAGGCACCGGAGACGAUUGCAUAUCCAUCGGCCCUGGCACCUCCAACCUGUGGAUUGAGAAUAUUAUUUGUGGGCCUGGUCACGGAAUAAGGUAUGUUUGA